AUGAAGCUACAGACAAUCAGGCACAUCCUCCUCUCCCUCACCCUCACCCUCUCAAGUAGGACAUCCGCCCAAACAACAGCAUCUACAUUCACAACCUCACUCUCAUCCUCAGCCACCACCACCUCCUCAACGUCAACAACAACCCCCCGCCCCAUCUACGCCAUCGCCCACCGCGUCCUCACCCCCUCCUCCCUAACCGCCGCCCUCACCCACGGCGCCAACGCCCUCGAAAUCGACCUCACCGCACAUAAAUACGGCUGGUACGCCGACCACGACAACACGCUCUGCAGCGCGCGCUCCACCGCCGAAGCCCUCUUCAACGCCAUCGCCUCCGCCCACACCACCGACAAAUCCAACCCCAACCCCAUCUCCUUCGUCUGGCUCGACAUCAAAAACCCCGAUGAAUGCGACCCCGGACGGGCGUGUUCCAUCGAGGCAUUACGGGACCUGGCGAGGGAUGUACUCCUCGAUGCCGGGAUUGCGGUGCUGUAUGGGUUCUAUGCACAGGAGACGAGUCGGGGGUUCCAGGUCCUAUCUGGCGAUCUGUGGGAGAGGGAGGCGGUGGUGUUGAGUGGGGAUGUGAGGGAUGUGGUGGGGUGGUUUGAUGAGGGAGGGUCGAAUUCGAGUGAUGUGAAGCCGAAGCAGAGGGUUAUGGAUUAUGGGGCUGUGGAGUUGACGGAGGAGGGGUUUGGGACUUGUGACUCCACUACCUCUUCCUCGGAUGGUGGUGAUGAUGAGGGAGUCUGCUCGGUCCUGAAACAGGGCAGUCAAGCUCGUGACGACGGACAGAUCGGAUCCGUGAUGGCCUGGACGACAGACGAGGGAGAGGGCUGGAUGGUAGAGAAGAUGCUGGGCGAGGCCGGGGUAGAUGGCAUUAUCUACGGGCUGAGUAGUGGGGAGUAUGCGGAUGAGGAGAGCGUGUUGGCGGCGUAUUUGGAUAUCGAAGAUUAUGUGCAGAAGCAUCCGGAUGAGAUGAGGAUGGCGACGGCGGAGGAUGUUCCUUGGUGA